GACUGCCUUGUGACAACCGGAAGCAGGAACAAUAACAUCAGCGUGAGGAUGCUGCCACAGUUUUGAUAUAGUUUUUUAUCUUUAUUAGUAAAGCAAAGUCAGACAUGACUUCCAUCAUUAAGGAAACGCAAAGCAUCAAAGAUGCAGUGGCUUUCAUCAACACCAUUGAUGUGAACAAGUUCUCCAGGCUGCUCUCCCGCAUCAUACAGAAGCUCCAUGUGAAGGGUGAACGGACAUUCAGUGAAGAGGAAGAACAAAAACUCCAGGCUGCUCUGUCAUUAGAUAAAAAUGCUCUCGACUUGGUCCUGGAAACAGCUGCCUUUAUUCUUGAGCAGGCAGUGUAUCACAGCAUAAAGCCGGCCGCUCUGCUGCAGCAGCUUGAGCAGAUCCAUCUAAACCCAGAUAAAGCUGAGGUGUUUUCCCAGUCCUGGGCCUCUGCUGGACCUGAGCUGGUCGAGAAGCUGAAGCGCAACACCUUUGCCCCUAAAAAGCUGGACUUUGUCAGCUGGCAGCUGAACCUGCAGAUGGCCCAGUCCAGCCAGGCGCGUUUGAAGUCUCCCAGUGCUGUCCUGCAGCUAGGAGUACGUAACGAAGAUUCUGAGGUUCAGGAGAACAUCUUUGUUGAAUUUAACCAUCAACAGCUUCUAGAGUUCUACAAUAAGCUUGAAAUUGUGCAAGGCCAGUUGGAUUCCCUGACUUGAUGCCCAGUGCUCUGUGCACAGCCACACCAAACAAACAUGUGGUUAGUGUUGAAGAUGAGCAAAUCCAGUCCUGCUCUGAUUAAUUUGAGAAAAAGAAAAUGUCAGCAUGAGAGAACAAGUUUGUCUGAGUUUAAGUUUUGUUUUUUUCAUUCCAAUCUAUGCUCUUUACUAGUAGUUUGAGGUGGCAAACUUGGUUGUUUUCUGGAUUUCAUGUUUGGAAUUAUUAUUUUAACAAUUUUGCCCAAUUUUCCCUACAGAAUGUGGAGAUUGACUAAAUGCUUAGUUGUUAUAAAAAGAAAAACAUUCCUUAAAAGUGCCAUUGUUCAGUUGUCUUAAAAUUUGUAUAAACAAUAUUUUUCUGUUUUAGGAGUUGGCCUCAUUUCUUAAUGCUGUAUUAAACUAUGAAUUGGAAAAUA